ACUCAAGCCGGUCCUCCGAGGACCUCCGAAGCCUCGCGCGAAGGCCUCUCACUACGCAGCCCACCAGCCCGCCUACGAAGAGAGGGUUGAGCUCUCCGGGCACCGCGGCCGCCCCGCCAUUGGUCCGCCGGUUAGCUCACGUGACGUCCUCACGGACGAUUGCGGAGUGCGGAGAGCGGCGAACGGAGUGCGGAGAGCGGAGAGCGGCGAGCGGAGAGCGGAGAGCGGAGAACGGCUUCGUAGGUUACCGAAGAAAAGAGACAGCAGUAACAACACCGACUCGUUACCAACAACAUUCGUUGAGUGAAAAGGUACCAACCGCGGACUGGCUCACAUCGCCGACCUCCAUUCCGUGCGCGUUCCUAAGAGCGAGCCAGUCGGAUUAGCAGGCUUGUGUCGCGGCUGUGUUUCCGUGUAACGAAAUCCUACCGAUUUCCUACUCGACCCAGUGACAGUGUUUAUUUUAUUCUCUUGUAGUUUUGAAAAACCAUACACUUCUGGUUUUUUUUUUAUUUUCCUUCAACAUCUUCCGAAAUUGGUUCUAAUUCGUCUGGGUCAAUACCUAGACGGCAUCUCCGUCGGCGUUACAAUCACACGUAAGGGGGCUAGUGAACAGGGAUACACAGUGAGCGCGUUGCGCCGAUCAGUUUGGUUGUCAAGUGAUCUCAACAUCCCAAAUGUGAUACCCGCUGAUAGUACUUUCUCGACAAUUUUCUCCCAUUCCGUUAAAAAGAUGCGCUACUCGGCGGUGAACGCCGUCGUUCGCGAUCGGCAAGUUCUGAUUAGGUAUGUGAUAUGAUUUGGGGUGAAAGCUGAGGCCCGAGCGUUUAGUGAAACAGUGAGUAAGACCAGUGUGUUUGCGGUGCUUCCGCGCUCCCUGCAUGCGCGAUAAGCAGGGACCCGCCGUGCAUCCUCAGGAGGCACACCGUCAGUCGCUGCACCAUCAGCAGCAGGGCCUGCUUCAGGCCCACCUUCAGGGACUGACGGUCGACGACAAGGAGCUGGUAGCCGUGAAAACGCGGCCGUCAACCCCAGUCCUGGCGAACGACGGCUGCGGUGGUACCGCCGCCGGUGGAGGUGGUGGUUUCUGGUUGGCGUCGGUUGCGGCCGGGGCCGGGGCUGGCACCGGGCUGUCACCGCACGGGGCCCACCCGGCCAUGGACCCAACCUGCGGCCCCGCCGAAACUGGCUUCAUAAACAGCCAGCCGUCGAUGGCGGAGUUCAUGACCGCCCUGCCCCAACUCGCCGGCGAUGGACCGCUGCAGCACUCGCCCGGAGCCGGAGGGCCCCUCAGUCCGGGGGCCCACCACCCUGGCUAUCACGCGAUGAUGGACCCCCACGGAGUCCCCGAUCCGUCCGGCGUCAACGUGCCCGAGUACCCGUGGAUGAAGGAGAAAAAAACAACGAGGAAAAACAACCAGCAAGAAAACGGUCUUCCCAGGAGAUUGCGAACCGCGUACACGAACACUCAGCUACUGGAACUGGAGAAGGAGUUUCACUUCAACAAAUACCUGUGCAGACCACGGAGAAUCGAAAUUGCAGCCUCGCUGGAUCUUUCCGAGAGACAAGUAAAAGUGUGGUUUCAGAACCGACGAAUGAAGCACAAGCGUCAAACUUUGAGUAAAGAGGACGGAGACGAUAAGGACGGGACGUCGCAGGAUGGUAUCGAGAAGUCUAAGAGCGAUAAGAUGAUGCUGAUGGACGAGGAUGAGAAGAAGAGCUGUCACAACUGCGACAUUUCCGGUGUCGGAGACGUGGGUAGUUCGUUGGGUGAGGUGCCUGAACUGCGAGCGUCGGACCGAGGCGCGGGCAGCAAUAACAACAACACGCCAAGUGCGACGAACAACAACACGGGCUUCAGCACGAAUAGCAACGGAGCGAGCAGCGUCGGUAGCACGAACAGCGUCUCAAGCUCCUUCGAGAAGAUGAUAGCCGACGACGAUUCCCGGUCUCAAGAUGGCAGCGAGGUAACCUCGCCCAGCGUCGCAGCGAAGAAGGUUUCCGGCGAGGUGCGGGUGAAGGUCGAGGGCGGGCACAAGAGUCCAAACCCAGCGAAACAGGUAUCCGUCAGCAAAAAAUCACCGCCUGCAAGCUCCAAGGACAUGCAAUGCUCGAUGAACAGCAACGGCGUCCUCCUCGCGAUGCCAGACUCCACGGUGAGUACGCCCGCAUUGGCCGGAGGCCAGGGAUCGACGCGGAGUUUAACGCCGUCCUCGACGCCGGGGACGCCGGCGUCGGUUCAGUUGCAGCAGGGAAGUCCCCUGGGAAUCCAGGCGGUGCACGUCGCCUACAUGCAGAGGCCGAGGAGCUCGCCGUCGUCGGCAAGCUCGGUGCCCACCAGUGUUCUCCACGGGCCGUCAAACCCCAGCGGAAUCUCGCCCCACACCGGGAGGCCGAUUCCCAACCCCCAGGGCCACUUUCAGCAGGGUUCUUACCAGCCCGCAAGCGUCGAUUACAGGAACGGAAUUGCCUCGAGCCGGCAAUCCGCUCCGGCGGUGACGCAGCACACGCAACAGCCGCAGAAUACAUACUGUCCCCGAGAACCUUACCAGCAGCGGAUCGCCUACCCCGGCGAAAUUCAUCCCAUUUACGCACGGCAGAAUCAGAGCAUGACGCGGGGCCACCACGGUCGAAACGCAGCCGCGACGCGACCGGUUUACAACUCGGGGAUGCAGUUUCACCAGCAGCAGACCCAGCAGUACGCUGCCGCGGGUGAUUACAACGGCUACGCAAUUUCCGCCCAGGGCGGAAACGCUGCUGGAUACCAUGCCGGAUACCACAGGAACGUCCAGGGCUCCGCGUACGCCACGAGUCAAGGCUACGCAGCCGCUCAGGCCGAUCAGGGCGCCGAGUCUUACGGAGCCGCUGGUGCCUACGGCUACCCGGGGACCGGGACCACCGGGUACCACGCCAAUACCGACACCCUCGGCGCCCUGGGUGCCCAUGGACACGCCGGCGUCGUGACGCAGGCUUCGCAAGCUUCGCAGCACGCGUAUUACGGCGAAAUGCAACAGCCGCAACAGCAGCAGCAGCAGCAGCACGGUGCCGAAGGGUACGUAGCUCACCAGGGUGCCGUUCACUCAAACACCGGCGAUUACAGGAGCGGCAACAAGUGCCACCAGAACACCUACUACGAGCAAGCCAGCCAGCCCCACGUUCACCAGGGCGGUGAGGCCUCCAGUAUACCCAGCAGCUACGUUUCUUCACCGGAUCCGUUUCCAGCACCUGGUAUGACCACGACGGCGACAGCUAUCGCCGCCGCCACAGCCGCGGUCAUGACGCCCCCGGGAAGUGCCGGGCAGUCGGACGCGAACAGCGAAAGCUACGGUAAUUUUGGAAACUUUUACGGGGAACCCGUCCACGCCGCUGCGCCACCACCCUCAGCCGACAACAGCAACAGCUCCUCAGAUUUCAACUUCUUGAGCAAUCUGGCCAACGAUUUUGCACCCGAGUAUUAUCAGCUCAGCUGAGCCCCGGAAAAUGAUCAAUUGUUAUGGCAAACCGAUUGGGCUGAUGGACAAUAUUUACAAAACUAAUUGUGAAGAGUUGGUUUUUCAAUGAGAGAGUCAAGCGUGCUGGCGUUUUAUAGCGUGCAAUGCUGAUGAGUCGAUUGUAUAUAUUGUAGAGGACAGUGUGGAAUUAUUUAAUCGGGUGAUUCUAAGGAUCUCUUCUCUUUCUCUCUGGUCCUAUCUGCCCCUUGCAUCAAGUUCGCGGCGGAAACAAGUGCAAUCAAGACGAAUAAAUUUAUUUGUUUAAUCGGUGAAUCGCGUCGGAUCACUCUCGAGCGAUGAAACCUGAAAAAUGUGUUAUCUUGUCCGACAGUAAAGCAAUUGUUGAUCACUCUUGUUGAAUGAAAUGAAGUAAAGUCAGUGAUAAAACAGACUUCUUCAUAGGAUCAGUUCCUUAGGCUCGCGUGGUCUGUUAUUAAAAACGGAGAUUGACGUGAGCCUAUUCUACAGAGAAAAAAAAAAGUUGUGAAUGAAAAAAUACGACAGUGUACGAUAAACAGUU